AUGGGUACUUGUUAAGCAAGUUGUUGUAAUAAAGAUUAAGAAUUUGGAUUGAAAACACAUUAAAAGAGUGAAAGUAAUGUUGAUGAAGGUAAUCCUGAAUUUGAGGAUUCAAAAGGAAAGGAAUCACAUAAUUCAAUGUAAAAGGAUAGAGAUAAAUUUGAAGAAGAUCAUAUACAUGAAGACCAAAAAUUAAAAUUAAAAAAAGAUAAACCAAAAGAUUCCAGUAGUGUUGAUAAUUAAAAAGAGGAUUAUUCAGAAAAAAAUAAAAAUAAAGAAAUUAGUUAUAAAAUUUAAGAACAUAAAACACCUCUUCCUGAAUCAAAAGAAUAAGAAUAGUAAAAUCAAACAGAUAAAUAGGAAAUAUAAGAUAAAGCAAGUAAGAACUCUGUUUUUUCUAAGCCUAAGAAUUAGAAUUUAGAGUAUAAUUAAAAAGUAGUAAAUACUGAUCAAGAUGAGACGAUGAGUGAUGUGAGAAUAAAAUUAGGAGCUAAAACUCUUGAUAAAGGAGCAGUUUAUGAAGGGGAAUGGUUGAAAGGUAAACGUGAUGGAAUUGGUAAAUAAGUUUGGCCUGAUGGAUCAAUUUAUGAAGGGCAAUGGUUAGAAGGGCGUUGUUGUGGAAAAGGAAAGCUUAUUCAUGGAGAUGGAGAUAUAUAUGAAGGUGAUUGGCAAGAUGAUAAAGCACAUGGAAUAGGAGUUUAUUUACAUAUAAAUGGUGCUAGAUAUGAAGGAUAAGUAUUAUUGUAAAAUAUUAAUUUAGUGGUUUAAUGAUAAAUAAUAAGGUAAGGGUAUUGAAACAUGGCCAGAUGGUGCUCGUUAUGAGGGAGAAUAUCAUGAGGGGAGAAAGGAAGGUCAUGGAACUCUUUAUUUUGCUGAUGGAUCAAAAUAUACAGGGUUUUUUGCUUAAAAUGAAAUACAUGGAUAUGGAAUCUAUGAAUGGUAGGAUGGGAGAGUUUAUAAGGGAAAUUGGAAAUAAAAUAAAAUGAAUGGAGUAGGGGAAAUAAAAUGGAGUGAUGGUCGAUAAUUUAUUGGAGUACUGUUAAUAUCCAUUAAAAGAAUUACUAAGAAGAUUUGAAACAUGGAAGAGGAAAGUUUUUGUGGCCUGACGGUAGAAAAUAUGUUGGUAAUUGGGUUUUUGGAAAAUAAGAAGGUUAUGGUGCUUAUUAUUUGCCUAAUUAAUAAGCAAAAUAUGGAAUUUGGUAGGAUGGGAAAAGAACAUAAUGGUUAGAGAAUGACGAGUUGGAUUAGUUAAAGAGUAAAUAAGUUAUAGAUUUCUGA